AUUUUAAGUCAUUUAGCUUCAAAGGACAUUUGAUUCCGUACCGGCAUAGUCACAAGGAAAAAAAAUUAUUUUUAAACGGUUUUUGUUACACCAAAAAAAUCAUUUAUCCCCUUUUUUUUUUCAUAUAAAAACGCAGCCCAUUUAGUAUUAAAACAAAUUGUUUCCCUUCAUUCUUUUCCCUCUUCUCUUUUUCUUUUUUUAAAAAAAAUCGAUAGACAACAAAAAUGCGUUUUUCUGUAUUAUUAUCAGCAGCUGUAUUUUUAGUAUCAAGCACUUCAGCAGCCACGCUUGAAAAAAGAUGUGCCUUAAAAAGAGAACCCAUGACUAUAAAAGAUGGUUUGCUUGUAGCAAAAGUCAAAGUUGGUACUCCUCCACAAACUUUCUCGGUGGUAUUUGAUACCAGCAAUUCAUUAACUUGGGUUCCAGCUGUUGAGUGUCAUACUCCAGAAUGUCGUCAACAAUCUAAUCUCUACAAUGCCAAUGCUUCUUCAACAGCAGUCGAUCUUCAUAAGAAGCAGUCUAUCAAAUAUGCAGAAGGUGUUUGCCUCGAUGCUAAGCUUUAUACAGAUACUAUUUCUGUAGCCGGUCUUCCUGUAUCAAAUCAAUUAUUUGGUAGUGCAUACAGCGUGAAGGGCCUUGGCGGUGAAGAUUACCUCGGUUCUCUUGGUUUAGGCGGUUUCAAUGCCGAUGGCUCCACCAACUAUUUGACAUCCAACAGCUCAGCCACAAAGCGACAAUUUUCUAAUGGUGGUGGUUUUGCUCAAAAUGGGUUCCAAAGUGCUUAUGGCACCGGCUCUCAGCAAUUUGGUAUGGUUACUACCGGCUCCGGUGGCUUCUAUCAAAAGAGAAAUAACGAAAAGUCCGAUGCAGAAUUUAUUUUCGGUGGUGUUGAUCAUAAUGUUUACAAAGGCAAUGUUGCCUAUCUUAAAUUACCCACCUGCGACUACGGUGAUUCACCUUUUUGGAAGACAGAAAUUAAGUGCGUCAAAUUAACAGAUAAAAUUGACAUCAAGUUAGCUCCUAAAUCCUUGGCCUCAUUAAGCACCGGAUCAAACUUCAUUUCUGCUCCCACAAAACAAGCCGAUCUUCUCCAUGCUUCUAUCGACGCUACCUACGAUACAACUGAUAACACUUACAAGUUCAAAUGCUGUGAUGACUUGAGUACUUUACCUACCUUAAAGAUUGACUUUAAGGGUUAUCGUGUUUCUUUACCUCCCAAACUAUACGUUGUUCAAGAUACCAAAGAAUCUUGUCAUACCUUGAUUAACCGUAAUUCUGCUGAUGAUAAGAACUGGGUUUUGGGUGGUGCUUUCCUUAAUAACUUUUAUCAUAUUUAUGAUACCAGUAAUCUCCAAGUUGGCCUUGCCAUUCCUAAAGGUGGUUGUGAUGCAGUCAUUGAGAAAAUUAAGAAUUAGAUUUCUCUCUCUUGUAUUAUUUCCCCUCCCCCCUUAAACUAACCCUCCCCCCCUUGUAUCAUUUUUAAAUAAAUUUCUUUUUUUUUUUAAUUCUCUUAUAAAAUAAAAUCAGUUUCAGACGUGAGAAAAUAAAAAAAGUGGUGUCCUUUACCUACCUGUAAAAA